GCGGCCCGCAGCUGGCGGCCGGGCCGGGAGCCCGCUCAGCCCGCCCCCUCCCUGCCGCCCCGCCCGUGCCACCGCGCCGGCCGCUGUCAGAGUCGCGUUGUAUGCUGAGCAGCUGUCGUCGCUGGCUGCUGCACGUCCCAGUCCCGAGCUUUCCGCCGCUGACCCGCGCACUGCGGCUCUGCCCUUUCCAUCUCAUGAAGCCGUUGGUCGUGUUCGUUUUGGGCGGGCCCGGUGCGGGCAAGGGGACCCAGUGCGCGCGCAUCGUCGAGAAAUAUGGCUACACACACCUUUCUGCAGGAGAGCUUCUUCGUGAUGAAAGGAAGAAUCCAGAUUCACAGUAUGGUGAACUCAUUGAAAAGUACAUUAAAGAAGGGAAGAUUGUGCCGGUUGAGAUAACCAUCAGUUUAUUAAAGAGGGAAAUGGACCAAACAAUGGCUGCCAAUGCUCAGAAGAAUAAAUUCUUGAUUGAUGGAUUUCCAAGAAAUCAAGACAACCUUCAAGGUUGGAACAAGACCAUGGAUGGGAAGGCAGAUGUAUCUUUUGUUCUGUUUUUUGACUGUAAUAAUGAGAUUUGUAUUGAACGAUGUCUUGAAAGGGGAAAAAGUAGUGGUAGGAGUGAUGACAACAGAGAGAGCUUGGAAAAGAGAAUUCAGACUUAUCUUCAAUCAACAAAACCAAUUAUUGACUUAUAUGAAGAAAUGGGGAAAGUAAAAAAAAUAGAUGCUUCUAAGUCUGUUGAUGAAGUUUUUGGUGAAGUUGUGAAGAUUUUUGACAAAGAAGGCUAACCAACCCUGAAGACAUCUUUGAAAUCAUGCUUGAAUAUUGCUUUGAGAGCUGCUAUCACAGCCCCCUUUUAAGGCGAUUUUAAUCUAUCUAACUUACAUCUCAAUUAAUGUCUAGAAAUAUGUAGUAAGACAAAUUAUGUUUUUGUUUUUUUUAAAUUUGUGGUCACCAUACACGGUGAAUUCAGGUUUAAAUUAUCUUAGGUAUUAUGGUGCUCACACGAUAAAGAAGGGUAUCAGCUUGUUGUUGUUUGUAUUAAAAUACUCUCCCUUUUCUCCCUUUAUGUUUGUGCCUUCUGUGAGCAAAAUUUUUAGUAUGCAUGUAUAUCCCUUUUGAAAUUUCAGUGUGUUGGGGUUUGGAAUAUCCACUUCCUCUUGCUGCACAUUUAAGAUUUCCAACCUGUUAAGUGAGUUUGUGGACCAAAUUUAAAGGAACUUUAUAUGUAGUCAGUACUUGCACAAGGUAAGGUGUUUUGUAAACAAACUCAUAAUUUGGAACAUGGAUUUCUAGCAAUGUUCUAUUUAUCAAAUGACUGAUCAUUUCCUGUCAAAAGUUAAACCUUAGGCAUUGAUUUAUUACAGCUUGUGUAAAGUUGUAUGACAGGACAUAGUCUUUGCUUCCAAGGUUUGGGUCAGGGGACAGGGGCUUCAGAGUCUGGCAGACUUGUCAGCUCUCUUCUGUCAUAAUCUGUGGGGCAAGGGUCACAGCAAUGACUUCCGUUCUACGCUCUGAGACAUAGUGCUAGGCAUUAUGGAACUGAAGGUGACAGUCCCAAGUGGUGGACCCCUGACACGCAUGCGCUAGUUUAUGCCAACGUGAUCCACUCCUUCUUUUGUUUUGUUUCUUCGACUAACAGAGUUAGAAUAAAUUAGAAAAAGCAAUCUAAUGGUUAAAAUUCCCAUUUGUAUUUUAUUUUCUGGAAUACUUUUUUUCAUGGUUACUGGUUGAAAAGAAUUUAAAAAAUCAUUGCACUUUGGUCAGAAAAAUAAUAAAUAUAUCUUAUAAAUGUUUGAA